CACAUGACCUGCAGACAUCUGACACCGACCCUCCGUUAACUCUCCGUUAACUCUCCGGUAACCUUCCAGCUCGCGCUCCAGCUCGUGAUGGCCGGCCGCGGGAAACUGAUCGCCGUUAUCGGUGAUGAAGACACGUGCACCGGUUUCCUGCUCGGUGGGAUCGGUGAACUCAACAAGAACCGGAAACCCAAUUUCCUGGUCGUGGAGAAGGACACAAGCGUCACGGAGAUCGAGGAGACGUUCAAGAGCUUCCUGGCUCGUAACGACAUCGGGAUCAUCCUGAUCAAUCAGUUCAUCGCAGAGAUGAUCCGUCACGCCAUCGACGCUCACAUGCAGUCCAUCCCCGCCGUGCUGGAGAUCCCGUCCAAAGAGCAUCCGUACGACGCGUCCAAGGACUCCAUCCUGCGCCGCGCCAAGGGCAUGUUCUCUGCCGAGGACUUCCGCUAAAAUACACACAUAUACACACAUUAUAUACACACAUAGACACACAUAUACACAUAUACACACAUUAUAUACACACAUAGACACACAAAUACACACAUAGACACACAUAUACACAUAUACACACAUUAUAUACACACAUAGACACACAAAUACACACAUAGACACACAUAUACACACAUACACACAUUAUAUACACACAUAGACACACAUAUACACACAUACACACAUUAUAUACACACAUACACACGCUCAGUGUUUACCUCUGUCUGGUUGUCAUGGUGAUUCUGUACAUUGAUUGAUAUUUAAUAUUUAAUGUUUAAUGUUUAAUGAUCAUUAACUGAACGUAUUGAUUAAUAAUAGUUUUUUCUCACAUGUUUGUUGUUUCCUAUUUUUAUUUUAUUUUUUAUCUUAUUUUAGUUGUUUGUUUUUCAGGAAGUUGUUCAUGUGACUGUGAGACAGCUGAUAAAAAUAUAAAGUAACUUCCUGUCAGACGUCACCAUGGAAACAGAUCUGAAACUGUUAAAAACAUAAAUGAAUAAAUAAAUGUUGUUGUGA